ACCACCAUGGGCGAAACGAUGGCGGCCGUAGCUGGCGGCUCGACAUCCCCUUCGCAGUCAACAACGACGCCGAAAACAGUUACUCUCGAGCGAUCGCGACGAGGCAGAUACCGCGCGGUCGGCCAUGCAGCGCUGAAAAACAAUCUCCUCGCUGGGGUAGGUUUCCUUGAGCUCGCCAAUGCUGGCGACUUUGCCGCCAAUGUUUGGAAUGAGAUCCCCGUCCCACGCCAUGCGAUGAUUCUCAUGGCUAUCGGAGGGCCUAUCGCUCUGAUGAUGUCGCUGGUCGCAGUCCGGGACUUUUAUCUCAGUUCGAAAAACGUCUUGCUGCUCUACGCCGAACGGCAGGCGCUGCUGUCCCUUCCCACGGACGGCAAGACUGCUGCUGUGUUAGGAGUCAACACGCGCGAACUCGGCACUGAAUCCAUCGACCGCAUGUUUAUGGACCUGCUCAUGGGCUUUGGCGCACUGUUAGUCGGAAUUGGCACCAUCAUGGCCAUCUGGGGCGCAGACCACCGUGUCUUCUUAGCCAGCAAUCUCCUCUCUGGCUUCGUUGGGAACGGAUUCGCAGCAGUAUUCGGGCUGGUUAACGCCUGCUGGUCUGGCUAUCUCGUCUACCGAUUCCAAGUGCGAUACUCAGCCUGCCAGUCCGAUCCUGCAGUGCAGACGGUGCGACCGAAGCUACGCCAGCGCGUCAGGCGAUUCCAGUGGCAUGCAGGGGUGAACGGGGUCAAUGGACUCGUCGCAGGGAUGGCAUCCAUGGUGACGGCCAAGAUGUGGUGGGGAUACGUCGUCCUGAUCCCGACUAUUAUCGCCAUGAUCGCAGGCAAUCUCUUCUGGAGAGCAAAGCUGGGCUACGACCGACCGCUCACGAUCAAUCCUGAUCUUACUGCGGAGGAGAAGGAGGGAGACGAGGACGCAGUAGGGGAUGCCCUGGACUGUCUGGCCUCGAUCGAAGCAGCACAAUCCCAACUUCCCGACCUGGCAGAGAUGGGCACUCUAAAUAAUAUGCUAGCAUUUCUGGAGGAAAGGCAGAUGUUCGAGUAUUUCCUUGUCUGGGUCGCGCGACAAUGGCCAGAUCACCGAUUCUUUGCUGCAUCGGAGACUGUCGACCUCUCGCGGAACGACUUGGAAAACGGAUCAGAAGACGAGGUAUCUCGAAUGGAACAGGAAUGUCGACAAUUUAUACGCGACCAGGCACGACGUCUACUGAAGCAUCGCGAGCGAUAUCUAUUGGAGCUUGUCGGCGAGGCUGUGUGGAAUCAAAAAUAACCUGCUGGCAGGUUCAUAGAGUCAACAGUUGCAUUGAACGCUCAUAAUUAUUCUAUUAAUCCAGUUUAUGUAAUUACUCUAUCACAAAUCACACUGAACCAUCAUUCACUCGUCUU